AUUGCGCCACAAACAAAAAUAUUUUUAUUUAAAUGGAGAUUUUUACAAUCAAUAAAAUUACUUUUAAGCUUUUAUUACCUACUAAAAUUUUUACAUGGUAGAAUAAUCGAAAGUCGUCCAACUUUUCCUUAACCUCACGUUCGAGUAUCCGGAAAAUCGAGCAAUACAAUGCUUUUUUAUGUGCAGAAAUACGGUACUGAAGGUUGUGCCGGAUUAGCGAGAGUACUGUACACCAAUUUGUUGCCUUUGCCAUUCCAAUGGAUAAACCAAAUAGCACUAGUCGCGGGUUCGCUCCUCGCGGUUUUCCGGGUUUUGUUUAAGCGUCUAACCUAAAUAGGAGGCAAUUUCCCAUAGAAAAUCCUCCCGGCAGAUCGCCCAUUUCUCCCGUUACUUCAUUCGUACUAAUAUUAAAACAUUACGUUUUAAUUUAUUACUUUUAAAACUAAAUUUAUUUGGUAUUAUAUAAUUUAUUUUCUAUCGUUUUGAGGUAAUAUUUUGUAAAAAUUUCACUACAUAAUUUCAUAUAAUUUUUAACUAUAUUAUCGAUUGUUUUAUCAUUUUAAUUGAAAGUUUACGCCGUGAGGUGGCGGUAAUUGCACGAACGUUCUUUACGAGAAGCUGAUUCGCCAAAUAACUGUGACGUAUAUUUCAAUUUGUUAGUCUCACGCGCUUUUCGUGCCAUUACCGCCAUUUUAAUUCUAGUCAUACGUUUAAAUUUUAAAAUCAUAGACAUCUAAAACAAUUUAAAAUAUAUCGAUUAUAUUUAAGCAAAAAAGUAAUAAUUGUGUAGCAAUAUUCUAUAUUUAGAAUUAAAGGCGCGUGUGGAUCCAAGUUCGAAUCCGGUCUGUAGUUUUUCUUAAAUAAAUAUAAAAGCUUUAUCGUAAAAUCUGCAUUUAUUCGGAAAUGGCGAUUAUUUAGUUCUCUUUUAAAUUGUUUGGCUUCUUCGAAAACUUAAUGAAGCCUCUUCGAUUCUAAUAAUCAUAAUUGAAUUUUCUUCAUCCGCUUACGACGGCGGACGAAGCCACUAACGAAUAUUCGUCCGCAUCUUACUGUAAUCACAAAAAAAUGGCUGUCGAAGAAGAAGAAAUGACAAAACUAAAAGAUGAAUUAGAACAACUUAAAAAUAAAAUUAAAAAGUCGCAAGCAGAAGCCAAAGAUAAGAGUUUAGAAGACGUAUGCGGCAACAUGGGAGACAUUUCUAAAGUACAGCUUCGAAUAAAGAAGAUCAUGAGGGGACAUUUGUCUAAAGUAAAUGCCGUACAUUUCAGCGGAGACGACAGACAUUUAGUUUCCGGAUCUCUCGAUGGAAAAUUAAUUAUAUGGGAUUCGUGGACAGGAAAUAAGAUGCAAAUUAUAACUCUACAAUCUAGUUGGGUAAUGACUGCUGCUUACGCACCUUCGGGAAAUUUCGUAGCCUGCGGAGGAAUGGACAACAUGUGUACGGUCUACGACAUCAAUAGCAGAGGCGGAUCGGCGAAAAUACGUAGGGAAAUGGCAGGAUUCGAAGGAUUUCUAUCGUGCUGCAGAUUCGUAGACGAUAACAAACUCAUUACGGGUUCUGCAGAUAUGAAAAUUAUACUAUGGGAUCUGGAGAAAGGAGUAAAAAUAAAACAGUUCGAAGGUCACGAAGGCGAUGUGAUGAGCAUGUCGCUGCAUCAGGAAAAUGUAUUCAUCACAGGAUCUGUUGAUAAAUCUGUCAAGUUAUGGGAUUUGAGAGAAGAUAACUGUCGACAGACGUUUUGGGGGCACGACUCCGACGUUAAUUCCGUGUGUUUUCACAAAAGUGGUUAUUAUUUUGCAACCGGAUCCGAGGAUAAGAGUUCCAGAUUGUUCGACAUUCGUGCGGAUCAGCAAAUAGGACAUUAUAAACCGCCCUCUCCCAACAGUGGCUUCACCUCUUGCGGUCUCUCGACCAGCGGAAGACUGGUACUCUGCGGUUCCGACGAUACCAACAUUCACAUCUGGGAUACUCUCAAGAGUAAACAUAACGCUAUGCUCUCCGGACACGACAAUCGCAUCACUUCUCUUAGCAUAUCCGAUAACGGAAUGGCCGUGGCCACCUGUUCGUGGGACACUUCGGUCAGAUUGUGGAAUUGAUUGAGUUACUGCACAUGGAACAAAUCAAAAAUUUACGCUUUAAAAUUAAAUUCUUUCGAAUAAUUCUAGUAUAUCUAUAAAUUGAGAUUGUCAAAUGUUAAAUAAUUUGUGACUUGAAAAUGAUAUUGAUGCUCACUGUUAUAUUUUUUAGUUGAAUUUCAUUUUAUUCUAUGCCUAAGAAAUGCUAAGUUACUUAACUAGGUAAAACAGAAACAAGCUUUAGAGAGAAGUUGUUAAUUUAGUUAUAUAAUAAUAACUAAAAAUAAACUUAAUCCAAGAGAAUAUCAUUUCAUCAAUCAUGAUUGGGUGAUAACUUUGACACCUCGCCAUUUAGUCAAAUUAAAGUCGUCAUCCAAUAACAUGGUUCAACGUAUUCAGGAUAGACUGCAGACAAUGACUUUAAUACCAUCCAGUCUUCAUUGUUGAGGGCUGAGCAGUCAAGGUGGCAGCCUACUGCUCUGGGGGACAUGGGAUUGAAUCCAGAUGGGUUGAUAAAUCCCCAGAAAUGGUCCGACCAGAUAUGUUGGCCCCCAUCCCUCACCACCCGGCCACCCCAUUGUGGGCUUGGCCGAACCCAUAAUGGGUUUGUUAAAACAGGCCCUCUUAGUGCCCACAAGGCAGAAAGAGUUAAAGUUUUUAAAAGUCUUCAUUGCCAGUUUAAAAAAAACUGUUCUAUUUUAGUGUUCCUUAAAAUAUCAUCCAAUGUAAAUAGUUUAAAUUAUGUACCGAUAUUGGUACACUAACAUUGAUAUACCAACAAAUGAGACAAAUAUAAUUUUAAUGAUAAAAUAUGUAAGUGGGUUAACUCUAUACAUUUGGCAAUUUCAAUUCAAUAAUUUCUUAAAAUUAACAUCUAGAUCGAUACAAAUUUUUGAUUUGCUCCAUAUCUUUCUAUAGUUUCUGCUAAUUAUCUUAUGAAAUCAACUCGUUAAAAUUUGUCUUUUCUUGUUCUCUAACUUUAAGAUGUAAGUUGAAUUAAAAAAAAUGUAUGAUAAAAUGUUUGAGUAAUUCUAGAAUUAAUAACUGAUGUACAGUAUAUUUAUUUUAAAUCAAUACACAAAAAAAUUAAUGCACAUUUACAUAAUAUGUUAAGAAGUUAGUAUGCAUGGAAAUUAUACAGGUGAUCAAACAAAAUGUGAACUUAAAAACAGCAGCAAGAGAGGUUUGGCGAUGCCAAGAGUCUGUGAUAGCUGCCUGUUGUCAAUUCCCAAACUUAGUGUUAGCUUGUUAUUAUCAUCAAAAAUAAAUUUUGGAAAUAGCCAGAAAUGCUUUAUGCUACAGAAGGAUUAUGUAAAUUUGAAAUGUUCAUACACAAAGCAUUUGUCUGUAGAGACUGGAUCAUCAUAUAACUCUGUUCAUAAAGCUAUGAACGAAAUCAAAUUUUGGCCUUUGUAAAGCAAGUAUUGUCUCGAGUCCAUGGUAAAUAAAUGUUCGAUAUUUAAGAGCUUCUUGUGGCACGUAGUGUGGGAAUAAUGACCACGGCAGGCUUGUGACAUUGGAAAACUUUGCAAGUCCCCGUUUUAUUUGAUAGUUUGUUGCAUCGAUUAAUGUACUUCCUUGACAAUACAUUGAAAAUCAUCACCAAUUCCUCAUAUGUUUUGUGGUGUUUUUGAUUUUUUGCCUUACAAAAAAAAAUUGCUUGAAGCAAAUUGGUGAAGAAAAGGGGUAAUUGCAAAUGCCAAUUAUCACUGGAUCUUUUCUGGUAACUGCAAGUCCAGAAAAUAUUCUGGACUUGUUCUUUGUUUUAUUGACAAAUUAACAUCCUGGAUUCUGGUGUAAUGAUUCAUUUAUAUAUACAGUCAGACUUCUA